CUACGAUCUGCAGCUCCACCCGAUUGGCUGUGGGGCCUUCUCGGCGUAAUCCGAGGUGCAGGACCCUUACAUUGAUAUCCACGGAACUCCAGCUGCCUCAACGCCAUUUAGGUAAUAUGCGAGACAGGAUCAGGAAGGAGAGAGCAAUGUCUCGUAUCCGUUGUGCUCCCUUAAGUCUGACUGGACCCACGCGAUGUAACUCUGGCCAGGGAUAAAUCAAUGAUCCCCCUAUAGCACUCUUGUAUUAAGGCUUGAUUCCUGGGGGCUCCCAAUUAACCUUAACUCCGACUGGCUGGCUCGUGCGGUAGGGGACGCCAUGAAGGGAAGAAAUCAAGGAAGAAAAAUUUUUACGCCCUUGCUUCCGCACACGAGGCUCACAUACCGUUCAGCCGCAGUGGUGAAAACGUGUGACUACAUACAGAAACUCAAAGGUCGAAAUCCGUUUCUUUUCUGCUGGCGUGUUCUUCAAAUCGCAGGACAACUGCUCGAAGACCAAUCAAGUGUCCACCAUGGCGACCAAUCCGACUGCGGAGCUGAAAGGCACGGUGGCUGCCACUGAAACUUCGGAGGAUGCAGCGAGGCAUGUGGAUCACGGCCUCCGCGCCUGGACAGUCGUGGCCGGGGCAUGGUGCUGUCUGUUUUGUGGAUUUGGCUGGGUGAACGCCAUUGGAAUCUUCCAAGACUAUUAUCAAGCCCAUCAAUUGCGGACGUACUCGGCGUCCAGCAUCUCGUGGAUCUUGUCUCUGGAACCGUUUAUUCUCUUUGCAGCGGGACUGGUGAUUGGAAGAGUUUUCGAUAAUUACGGCCCCAAAUGGCUCCUUCUCAUUGGGACGUUUCUGCACGUCUUCGGUCUCAUGAUGACCUCCAUCUCGCACGAGUAUUACCAGUUCAUUCUCGCCCAGGGCAUCUGCAGCCCGCUGGGCGCCAGCUUCGUCUUCUACCCGGCGCUCUCCUGCACCGCGACCUGGUUCGAUAAGCGGCGCGCCCUGGCCUUUGGCAUUGUGUCCAGCGGCUCCUCCCUCGGCGGGGUCGUGUUCCCCACGAUGCUGUCGCGACUGCUGCCACGCAUCGGAUUCGGCUGGUCGCUGCGUAUCUCGGGCUUCAUGGUCCUGGCCAUGCUGAUCAUUGCCAACCUGACCGUUCGGUCGCGAAUCGCGCCCGUCCCACGGCCGGUCAAGCUGACGGACUAUGUCGGCCCUUUUUCAGAGAUACCGUUUAUUCUCCUCAUGCUGGCUUCCUGCUGUGGGUUUUUCGCUAUGUUCGUACCGAUCAACUACGUGAUCGUGGAGGCGCAGGAGGAUGGGGUCAAUCGUGACUUGGCUGGGUACUUGCUGACCAUCCUCAACGCAGCAAGCCUUCCUGGCCGGAUCCUACCCGGCUACCUCGGGGACAAACUGGGCCGAUUCAACGUCAUGAUCGCCAUGUGCACUCUAUCCGCCGUAGUCCUGCUAGUCCUCUGGCUCCCCGGCACGCUUCUCUCCCCCGGCAGCGCGGCCAUCUACAUCGUCUUCAGCCUGCUGUAUGGAUUCGCCUCGGGCGCGUUCGUCGGCAUGGUCCCUGCCCUCCUGAGCCAGAUCUCGCCCGACGUGACCAAGACCGGGGUGCGCCAGGGCGUGUUAUUCACCUGUAUCAGCAUCGCUUCGCUCACGGGGAGCCCGAUCGCAGGGGCGAUCCUGAGUCGCCAGCACGGACCUACUGGGGGCUACAGGUGUUCGCGGGCGCCAUGAUGGUGGGCAGUGUGUUCUUCUUUGUGGCGGCGAGAGUCGUCCUGGCUGGG